GUGGAAGCGGAAGUGCUGGUCGGGGGCGUUCUCUCGAGUCCGGGGCGCAAGUAGCGGACGCUGCCCAUGGAGGCGUCUAGCGAGCCGCUGCUGGAUGCUAAGUCCGAGGUCACCAACCAGGUGAGUGAGCGACCGCCCCACCCUGUCCUCCGCCGGCCCGCCUCCCACGGCUGCGAGACCAUGCCACCCUGAGCCUUCCCCAGGUCUCCCCGAGUCUUGUGUUCGGGAGCCGGUGACCUUCAGUCCGCCUCCUUGCGUUGCUCCUUCUCCUUUGCAUCUGAGCCAGUAGCCGUUGCCAUUCUUGUAGAUUUUCAGUGGAAACUGGGUAUGGCUGUGAGCUCAGACACUUGCAGAUCUCUUAAGUAUCCUUAUGUUGCAGUGAUGCUAAAAGUGGCAGAUCAUUCAGGCCAAGUAAAGACCAAGUGCUUUGAAAUGACGAUUCCACAGUUUCAGAAUUUCUACAGACAGUUCAAGGAAAUUGCUGCAGUUAUUGAAACGGUGUGAAGACGGAUUCUUUGGUUGAUAAAUUGCUAUCAUUCUAAAGUCAUGGACUUCACUUUCUGCAACAAAACCACAUCAGGAUGGAACAUUUAUUGAAUGAAAAAUGCACUUUUGUUUUUCCAUUUUUUUAAAUAAUAAAAAUCAGAUAAACAGGAA